AUGAAUGUAUCUGCUGAAACCAAACUUAAAAAACACUUAACAUCAAGUUACAAGAGCUUUGGGAGUUCAUCUGAGCUGACUGAUGGUUCAUCAGAUGGGUUAACAAAAAAACAUGUUGAGGGGGACCAGCUGCAAGAUCCUGUUCCAUUGAAAGAGCUGUCAUCUGGUAGCCAAGAACUAUUUUACUUGACCGAACUCAAAGAAACAGAGGAGGACUGUUGCACCUUGGACACACCAGUACAUAUACAUGCUGUACCUUUCAUCUUUGCUAUCGGAGUCACCAUUGCUUUGAUCAUAGAGAUAAACCUUCUGCCUCUGGUUUUCACUAAAGGUGUAGUAUCUGACCAUGAGCUUUGUACGGCACUUUGUGAGAAAGUACUACAAGAUGGUGGGUCCAGUGUAGAUGCAGCAAUCGUUGGAGCUCUCUGCUUAGGCAUUGUGCAUCCCCACGUGUCUGGUGUUGGAGGGGGAGGGGUGAUGUUGGUCCAUAACGCCCGUCAGAAUCGAACCAAGGUGAUAAAUUUUCAGGGCUCUGCACCUAAAGCUCUCACAGAGAAUAUGGUACAGAAUGUUUCUGACGUUAAGGAAGGUCUAUCUGUGGGAGUUCCAGGGAUGCUCUUGGGGUUGCACCGUGCUCACCAGAUGUACGGAAGCUUAUCAUGGAACAACAUUAUUAGCAGAGCUGCAGAUUUAGCCAGAGAAGGGUUCAAUGUUUCUCAGAGUCUUGCUUCUGCAAUAUCUCAGUUAGAGGCAGAUAAGAUAGAGGGACGAAUCAGGGACACUUUCAUCCCUGAUGGUCAGGCGUUGAGAUUUGGAUCCUACAUUAGGAGGCCUGAUUUGGCGGAAGUUCUUGAAACUGGUGUCAGAUAUUUUUACCAAGGGGCCAUAUCAGAAGAGAUAGAGAAAGAGGUGCAAGCAAAUGGAGGGGUCCUGAACCGAGAGGACAUUCGUAACUACAGUGUAGAGGUCCAACAACCAUUGGAAAGCCAGUACAAUGAGCAUAUAAUCAAAGUUCCCCCUCUGCCAUCUGCUGGCGCUGUCCUGAUUGCAGCUCUCAAUCUCCUUGAGACUCUCCAUCUCUGGGAAAAUGAUGUCACAGAAAAUCAAACUUCCCGCUGGAUUGAUGCGGCUUUGUUAACAGCUUCAGCUUUGGUCAGUGAGCUGGGUGAUCCCCAAUUCAACUCUUCGGUGAUUGACCACCUUUCUGCAUUGAUUAGCAAGGGUCAAGCAGCAGGGCUGCAGCAAAGGAUGAAGGACGUUCUCCAACUCCUCUAUGCCUCCAACUCGACUAUCCACCCUUUCCUAACAGAGCAGCUGACGGGACAAGUCGUAAUCAUGGGACCGGAUGACCUCAUAGUGUCUGUUGCAAGUUCCUUGAACAGGCCGUUUGGGAGCAGGAUCAUGACAGAGUCAGGAAUUAUUCUCAACAGUCUUAUUUUGGACUUCUUCUGGCCAAAUCAGAGGAGCGGGCUACUGGAGUCUAACCAGAACAAUGUUUUGGAGCCAGGAAAGAGGCCUUUGACAUUCCUCAUGCCAGCAGUGAUGGUUCCGACCUGGAACAAGUGUGGCACCUACAUGGCUCUGAGUAGUUCAGGUGGAACUAAUCGCUUGAAUGAAGUCACAAAGAUGUUGGUAGAUGUCCUGUUUCUCCAUAAAGAGAGCAAUGGCACAAUGUUAUUGGGGGGAUCGUCGCACCAGAUUUCUCGCUAGUUUCCAGUAAAGAUUGUAGCUUCUGCAUGCAGUGUGAUAUCUAGUUAAGCC